AUGCAGGAGGCGGCCAGUAGCACCGGCGAGCAAUGCUCAACGAAGCAAAGCUUGGCGCGUAGAGUGCGGCAGCUGAAGAUCGCGGAUGGGCGGUUUGUGCUGCUCCACCGCAUCGGCGGCGGCGCCUUCGGGGAGCUGUUCCAGGGCCUCGACACCCGCACCAACCUCCAGGUGGCGAUAAAGUUUGAGAGGCGCAAGGCCGUCUACCCGCAGCUGUCGUACGAGAGUAAGGUGUACCGGGUGCUGCACCACGGAACCAGCGACCCGGUGGGGAUCCCGCGGGUUUACUACUAUAGUCUGGAGAGCGACUACGGCGUCCUCGUGAUGGACCUCUGUGGCCCUUCACUGGAGGAUCUCUUCAACUACUGCGGCCGGCGCUUCUCGGUGAAGACGGUGUGCAUGUUGGCGGAUCAGAUACUGCAGCGGAUCCAGUUUCUGCACGAAAAAGGCUUUGUGCACCGGGACAUUAAACCUGAGAACUUUGUGUUUGGCAACGGAACGAAGGGGCACGUGCUGUACCUCAUUGACUUUGGCCUCAGCAAGGUGUACUGGAAUACGCGGAAGCAGACGCACAUCCCCUUCUGCGAGGGGAAGCCGCUGACUGGCACCGCGCGAUACUGUAGCACCUGGACCCACCGCGGCUAUGAGCAGAGCCGCCGCGACGACCUGGAGGCGGUCUGCUUCAUUCUUGUCUACUUCCUCGUGGGGUCGCUCCCCUGGCAGGGGCUGCCGACGCGGGACCCGCACCUGAAAACCAUCCGCAUCGGGGAAAAGAAGAUGAACACGUCGUCGGAGGAGCUCUGCGCGGGCCUGCCGCCGGAGCUCCUGCAGUACUGCAACUACUGCCGCGGGUUGCGGUUCACCGACACCCCCGACUACGCGCAUCUGCGGGAGCUCUUCGCGACGCUGGCGCGGCGGCAGUGCGGGGUGGCCUCAAACCCGACGCCCGACGCAGACGGUGUCUGGUGGGAGAGCGUCGUCGCCGUCACGGGCGCGAAGCCGUCGCCGUACGACUGGAUGUUUGACUGGUUUUUGAAGCGCGAGGCGGAGCUGGCAGAGUGGCGCAAGCGGCAGCACGCGCGGUGCCCCGGCGGCACGCCCCCCUCCGGCCCCGUGAUGCGUCGGCGGGACCACUCCCCUGCCGCGGGCGAGAACGGCGCCCAUGUCUUGUUUUGUGCGGCACCGCAGGACUAA